AGAAGUGUUACAAGUUUACAACAUCAUGCACAAACAAUGUAGUUCGGAGGUCGGGUUAGGAGGAAGAAUGCCUGUCUCCUGCUAUAUCUGUGGCAGGGAUUUUGGUACCCGGAGUAUAUCCAUCCAUAUUCCGUCCUGUCAGAAAAAAUGGGAGAUUGAGCAGAAUAAAUUACCUAGACAUCAACGACGACCUCCACCCCAGGCUCCCCAAAAUCUGGAAAAAGUGAUAAGUGGUGAGCUGAGUGGCGCGGAGCUCAACAAAUUCAACGCAGACGCUCUCAGAGAUUGGAAUGAUGCUGCUCUGUUAGCAUGUGAAUUCUGCAGCAGAACCUUCCUACCUGCCUCCUUGAAGUUCCACCAGAAGCUGUGUACUGAGGAUCGACCAAUGAUCAAGAUCAGCAAAGAAUCUACUUACGCUUCUAAAGCAGAGUCUAAGGUCAAUUAUCCCAAACUGCGAAAGAAUAAAAAAUCUGAACCUGGAACUCCUGAUCCAUGUAACUCUGUCAAGUGUAAUGUCAACCAUGAAGACCCUUUCGAGCAUAUGAAAGGGGCGGAGGGCAGGGAUUCUCCCCUUGAGGCGGAGGGUGGAGAUACGGAGACAGAUACAGAGGAUAAUGUCAGCACAACACAGUUGAUUGAGCAUAAGCCUGCCCUAACUAAUGUUGAACCUAAGCCUGCCCGUACUAAGAUUGAUCAUAAGCCUGCCCUACCUAAGGUUGAACAUAAACCUGCCCUAACUAAGAUUGGACAUAAGCCUGCCCUAACUAAGAUUGGACAUAAGCCUGCCCAUACUAAGGUUGAACAUAAGCCUGCCCUAACUAAGGUUGAACAUAAGUGUGCCCUAACUAAGAUUGAACAUAAGCCUUCCCUAACUAAGAUUGAACAUAAAUAA